GUUUUCUCUGCAAAGCAAACAGUAGCAGAAGAAUCUGCAUACUUCACUCUCACACAUUCCCUUGAUAAAGUUCUCAUUUUGGGGAACCAAAGCCUCACUUCUCUACCCUUAGCUGUUGCUAUCUGGCUUCUCUUUUUGUGAUCUUCUCUUCCAUGAAAAAUGCUGGAAAAGAAGCUCCUAAGGAGGAUGGGUGAAGAAUCAGUAACAACAGACAGAGCAGUUGAACAGGCAAUUGUUUCACUGAAGAAGGGUGCACAUCUUUUGAAGUUUGGUCGGAAAGGAAAGCCAAAAUUUUGCCCUUUCAGGCUAUCUACGGAUGAGAAGCUUUUAAUAUGGUAUUCGGGGAAGGAAGCAAGAGAAUUAAGGUUGAGCGCAGUUACAAACAUUACCCGUGGGCAGGAAACUGUAAAUUUUCAGAGGCACCCUCAACCAGAAAAGGAGCCACAGUCAUUUUCACUUGUUUAUGCAAAUGGUGAAUGUACUCUUGAUCUGAUAUGCAAGGAUAAGGAGCAGGCAGACUCUUGGUUUUUAGGCUUAAGAGCCUUGAUAUCCAGGUCCAACCUCCCUAAAUCUUCGAGUUUGUGGAGCCGCCGAGGAGCACAAACCUGUGUCAACAGUCCAGUUGGUUAUUCACGGAGAAAGCAAAUUGUAGGACUGCUGGAGGGUUCCAACAAAGUUUCUCAGGUGCAUAGCUUAUGUGGGAGUCCACAGUCAAUGAGGGAGAGGUGUCUUUCAGAUGCCUUGUCAUAUUCUUCUGGGAGCUUCUAUUCAUCCACACCAAGAACUUUGUCAAACAUCCAAACUGUAACGGAUAUUGAAUUUCCACAUUCAUUCUAUUUGGAGUCGGAUAAUGUGAAUGAAAAGAAAGAGUCUUACACCAGCACAGAAUGUCAUAGAAAUCUCCUUAAUGGGGUCAGUUCCCAUGCUCAAUACUUUUCGGCAUCAGACAAAAAUGAUAUUCUGAGGGAUGUGUUUCUAUGGGGUGAAGGGUUAGGAGGAAUUUUAGGGGGUGGUGUGGACAGAUAUGAUACAUCAAGUCAUGCUCAAUCUGAUUCUUUACUCCCCAAAUUAUUAGAAUCCACAAUGAUGUUAGAAGUGCGUAAGAUUUCCUUAGGAAGAAAACAUGCAGGCUUGGUAACCAAACAGGGUGAUGUCUAUUGCUGGGGAGAGGGGAGUGGGGGAAAACUUGGACACAAAACUAAUAUGGAUGUUUCAGAUCCCAAAAUUGUUGAAUCCCUUAAUGAAGUUCAUGUGGAAUCCAUUUCAUGCAGUGAACAUUACACAUGUGCUCUAACACUUUCUGGUGAACUGUAUACAUGGGGUGACAGUAGUCAUGAUGCUGGCUUCAUUGGGGAUAGGAGAAAUAGGAGUAAGUAUUUCCCACUUAGACUUUCUGGUCCAUUGGAUGGAAUACAUAUAUCAAGUGUUGCAUGUGGGGAAUGGCACAUGGCAAUUGUUUCUUCCUCUGGGCAAUUAUAUACAUUUGGAAAUGGGACAUUUGGGGUUCUUGGGCAUGGGAAUCUGCAAAGCAUUUCCCAACCGAAAGAGGUUGAAUCUCUGAAAGGAUUUAGGGUAAGGUUAGUUGCAUGUGGGCCAUGGCACAUGGCUGCUAUUGUGGAUAUCAUGGUUGAUCAUUUCAAGAAUGAUGUUCCCUGUGGAAAAUUAUUUACAUGGGGUGAUGGGGAUGAAGGAAGGCUUGGGCAUGCUGAUCUGGGAAAGAAGCUUCUACCUACCUGUGUUGCAAAACUCGUGGAUCAUGAUUUUGUUCAAGUAUCUUGUGGAACAUUGCUGACUGUUGGACUCACAGACACUGGUAUAGUGUAUACCAUGGGGAGUAAAGAGCAUGGGCAACUGGGGAAUCCACAAGCCAGAGAUAAAUCAAUCACAAUUGUGGAAGGCAAGCUCAAGGGAGAGUUUGUUAAGCAGGUCUCAUCAGGAUCAUAUCACGUAGCAGUCUUGACGUCAAGGAAAAGAGUUUAUACAUGGGGAAAAGGUGCAAAUGGCCGUCUAGGAUUAGGGGAUAUUGGAGAUAGAAACUCUCCAACAUUAGUGGAGGCCUUGAGAGAUAGACAAGUAGAAAAUAUUGCUUGUGGAUCCAGUUCUACAUCUGCGAUUUGCUUGCACAAAUUUAUAUCUAGUAGUGAUCAAUCAUUUUGUAAUGGAUGUAGAAUCGGAUUUGGGUUUACCAGGAAGAAGCAUAACUGUUAUAACUGUGGCUUUUUGUUCUGCCGUCCAUGUAGUAGUAAAAAGGUUAUGAAUGCAUCUUUGGCACCAAAUAAAAACAAGCCCUUUAGGGUCUGUGAUCCUUGUUACCAAGUGAGGAAUAAUGGACUUUCAGAUAGAGUAAUAAAAUUAGAGAACCCAAGCCCAAGACUGACUCUGUCUGCACGUAAGGCAUGCUCUGACUUGAAAGUAAGCAGGGGAGAAGCAACACUUACACAGGGUCCACUGUGUUCACCCAAACUAUCUAGUCAAGAGGAAGCAAAAUGCAUUGAGGGGCAAACCUUGUCAAAACCAGUUCGAAAUGAUCUCCCUCUUGAACCUAUUUCGCCUUUUUUAUCCAUGUUGCCAAGAUGGGGACAAGUCCCUAUACCCCCCUUAUUCAGCAGAUAUGAUAGAGAAAAUUUUCCAGCAUUUCACCAUAUCUCUGGAAAUGAAUCACCUGCUGCUCCAUCUGUGCACUCACAAAAGAAGCUCCAUGGAUCAAAAUCUACUUGUCUAACGGCUAUGGGUGUGAAUAAUGGCAUAUCUGAAUCAGAGAAGAUUCUUGCUGAUGAAGUUGAGCAUUUAAGGGCUGAGGUUAAUAACCUUGAAAAGCAGUGCCAAAUGAAAAGCAAGAAGAUAUAUGAAUAUCAGCUACAGAUUGAAGGAACUUGGUUAAUAGCAAGGGAGGAGGCUGCUAAACGUAAAGAUGCGAAGGAAGUUAUUAGAGCUUUAAAAGCAAGACUACAGGUUAUGUUGGGGAAACAUUCUACUGUAAGAGAAGCAAACACUUUUCCUGUGCUGGCUAAUGGAGCUGAUGUGCAUCUGCCUCAUACUCCAACCUGUGCAGAUAUUCCAGAUUUAGCUGUUAUGGACCCCCUGUUGGUUACCAAUCAAUUGCCUCCUGAAGUUGUAGUGCCUAGGGACAGGGUAAAUGGCCCAUGCUCACCUAUAUCAUCUUGUGAGACCCUAUCUAUUAUGUGUGCGAGGGACCUGUGUAACAGCUGCACUAGACCGGUGGAUGAUUCACAUUUUGCAAUCACAGAUUCUAGACAAACGAUCACUAAGACAGAGUGGGUAGAGCAAGAUGAACCUGGUGUGUAUAUCACAUUGAUGAGUUUACCGAGUAGACGAAAUGGAUUAAAGCGGGUGAGAUUCAGUCGGAAGAGAUACAAUAAAAAAGAAGCUGAGCAAUGGUGGAAGGAGAAUCAAUUAAGAGUAUAUGGAAAAUACGACAUCGAAAGUCAUAUCAGUCCGAGCACAAAAACGAUGGAAAUUUGAUA